UCCUUAACUUGAUUUUUUCUUUAUUCAUUUGAGUUUUUUUCUUUGGCGAUAUAAAUAAUUUCGCAAUCUAAAUUAACAACACAGUCAUUCGUCGACAUUCGUUGUGUGGAUUAGAAUCGAAUUCGUCGCAUAAAUACAAUAUGAAAUUUUUAAUUGCUCUGGCCUUAGUGGCUUGCGUCAGUGCUGACGUAUCACACUUGUUUGAUAACAGCAAUAACUUACAAGAAGAUGGUUAUCACUACGAUCAUCCAGUUGUUGAUAUUCCCUUCCCCCAAUAUGAAGCCCCCAAAACCGUUGCUCCUAGACCAGUAGCUCCCAAGCCUGUGGCACCCAAGCCUGUGGCUCCCAAGGCUGGAGUAUUGGAGGAAGAUGGUUAUCAUUAUGAAUCCCCCAAGAAGGCUUUUGAACCAGCUAGACCUGCUCCCGUUGUUCCUGCUAAGCCUGCUAGCCCAAAGAACGAAUACUUGCCUCCUGUAGUCAAGCCUGCUGCACCCGCCGUUGUGCCUAAGAAGCCCGUUCCUGUAUCUCCCAAACAUGUUGAUACACCAAAGAAACCCGCUGUAGCUCCCAAGCCCGUUGCUCCCAAGAACGAAUACUUGCCUCCUCAAUCCAAGCCAGCUCCCAAGCCUGUUGCUCCUAAGCCAGCUCCUGCUCCCAAACCGGUUGCCCCUAAAGCUGGUGUUUUGGAAGAAGAUGGUUAUCACUAUGAAGCUCCCAAGAAGGCUUUUGAACCUGCUCCCAAGAACGAAUACUUGCCUCCUGUAGUCAAGCCAGCUGCUCCCGCUGUUGUUCCCAAGAAAAUGUCUUAG